CACGCUGCUGCUGCUGCUGCUGCCGCUGCUGCUGCUGCUGCUGCUGCUGCCGUUGGGGAAAGGAUUUCCAUGACGUACAGCAAGGUCUGGCCAGAAAGAAACCCCACAGAAACAUACGACUUUUAUUCUCGCGUCUCAAUCUGCAAACCCGACACGCCGUCGUACCUCUCGCUUUCCCUGGGAGAGGCCUUGAGGGGGGAGCGCCUUGUGGCUGCCCCCUACGUUUUCACCAUUCCCAAGCCUGAGCAGUUCGCUGCGGCUGCUGCCAAAUUGCAGCUGCAGCGGGAGUUGUGGGAUCGCCAUCAACGCGAACAAAGAGAGCAGCAGGAGGCAGCGGCAGCGAUCACGGAGGGGCCCUUUGAGCUCUGCCGCAUGCGCUUGACAGAGGAUGCGCUGGAAGAACUGCGCGUUCUUGUAGACAACGAGUUUCUGGUGGAGGCGUAUGUGGACGGCAUUCCCCUAGUCUUUCCUAUAGGUCUUCGAAGUCUUGAGACUGUUCAGCAGCAGCAGCAGCGGCAACAGCAGCAGCAGCAUUCGAUGCCGCAAAAGCUGGAUGCGUUUGGAUUUCGUGAGGAGGAUUACAUGAGGGACGACGACUUCUUGGAAGAUGAUGACGACGUGCUGUUCACUCCGCUCCCUCGUCUGCAAGUAACCCACCACCUAGGCACCAACCUGCACUUUGUGUUUGCAGUCAACAAGGGUGUCAUUGUGGCUGCUUCGGCGAGUCAUGGUCCUUCCCCAGACGGCUCUGUUCCAGCUUUCACCGAUAUAACAGAAUCGCUGGAGAUGGGCGCUCGCGAGGUGGUCUUCACCUACACCGUCGAGUGGCAUGAUCGACCUGACAUCCCCACGCACCUCCGGCUGUAUGGACAGCUCACGUCUCCCUUUUCGUCCUCCGUGGCAGCAGCAGCUGCAUCGGCAGCCGCUGCAGGACGUCGCAAAGAUGACGUGGACAUACACUGGCUCGCCCUUGCAAACUCGUUCCUGUUUGUGGUGGUCGUCCUCUUCCUCCUGACGUUUAUUCUCAUUCGAACCCUCCGAGCCGAUUUCGCACGGGUCUUGUUGCCAGCGGACGAGGAAGUAGCCGAGCUGACUUUAGAGGAGACUGUCGUCUGCGGCUUUGUGAGCGUCAACUUGUACACGAAGCUGGGAGGGCAACGCUGGACCUGGAAUAUCGUGUCGGCAUGCGGAAUUUUCAUGUUUCCUGCAUUCGUGGUGUGGAGUAUCUUGAAUGUCGCGUCUGCUCUCGCCGGAUCUACAGCAGCCCUCCCCGUCAGCAGUGCGUUUGCGCUGAUUGCCUGCCUCUUUUUCGGUACGAUAUCUUCGUCCUGUUUGCGGGGAACCUGA